AUGGCAAGCCAAACCGCUGUCGUCCUCAUCGAUCCUUACAAUGACUUCCUCCAUCCCGAAGGGAAACUGAACCCACGCCUGGCAGAGAGCAUCGCCGCCACCGGAACUAUUGAGCAUUUGAAAGAGGUUGUCGCCACGGCGCGCAAGAACAAAAUCCCCAUCUACUAUUGCCUACAUUGCCAGACGGAUAAAUACUCGUUUCAAGGGUGGCAGAUGAUGAAUUGGUCACUGACAGGCCUCAAAGAAAACUUGGUCUUUGAGAAGGGCUCGUGGGGUGCAGAGGUCUAUGAAGGGUUGGGGCCGAAUCCUGAGAACGGGGACGUCGUCGUCUCACAGCAUCUCAAUUCCAGCUCUUUCCAAAAUACGGACCUCGACUAUCAACUCCGACAGCGAGGGAUUCGCAACUUGGUCCUGGCGGGUCUUGUCACAAACACAUGUGUCGAGGCCACGGCACGAUACGGAUAUGAGCUAUUGAACUUGCCUACUCUCGCAUCGUUGAGAAAUCUCGCGGCUAAGCGUCGAAACAGCUCGGACGGGACAGCUGGGUUCAGCACAGAGCAGAAAGACGUGGCCACCAAAUUGAUCUGGCCGUUGUUUGCCAAUAGGAUCUUGACUGUCGGCGAAUGGGCGAAGAGCCUGGAGUGA